AUGUCAGAUAUCUUCAACUUCAACAAGACGAUCAUGACCAACAGACUUUCUCAGUCUGAGAAACAAGAACUACGGAUUGUGCUCGUUGGGAAGACUCAAGUUGGGAAAAGUGCAAGUGGAAACACCAUCUUGAGGAGAAAAGCUUUUCCCUCUAAGCUGUCCUUUUCCUCAGUGCCAACAAAGUGUAAAAAGGAAAAUGGAGAGUUUGAUGGCCAGCCUCUCGCUGUUAUUGAUACUCCAGGUCUGUUUCCCACCACAAAUGCACAGGGCCACGCUGACUGGUUUGACAAAACUAAAAGAGAUGAGGUGCUGAAAGAGGUCAUAAGAUGCAUCUCACUUGCUGCUCCUGGUCCUCAUGUGUUCCUGGUUGUGCUCCAGCUGGGCAGAUUCACACCAGAAGAACAGAAAACAGUGGAAAUCAUUCAGGGAAUCUUUGGCAAACAGACAGAAGGUUACACUAUGGUCCUGUUCACCCAUGGAGAAGAUCUGCAGGAUGAAGGAUGCUCUGUAGAAGAAAUCAUUGAUGAAAAUCAAAAUCUCAAACAUGUCAUCAUGAAAUGCCAUGGAGGAUAUCAUGUUUUCAACAACAGAAGCGAGGAUCCAUCUCAAGUUGCUGAGCUGCUGCAGAAGAUCAAAAAAAUGGUGCAGAGAAAUGGAGGAAGCCACUACACCAAUGAAAUGCUCCAAGAGGCUGAGAAAGCCAUAACAGAAGAGAUGGUAAGACUUAUGAGAAAUGACCCCAAUCUGACACAAGGAGAAGCAAGAAGAAAAAAGGCUGAAGAAGACAAUUAUUUCAUCAAGAAGCAGACAAUACGUAUGGUACGUUCUGUAGUGGGAGGUCUAGCUGGAGCUGCAGUGGGAGCAGUUGUUGCUGGUCCAGUGGGAGCUCUAGUGGGGGCUGUAGUGGGAAAUGUGGUGAGCGCUGCAGGGGAAGUUCUUUUUGCUGGUCAAGUGGAAGGUCGAGGGGGAGGUCCGGUGUUAGGUGCAGCAGGGGCACGUGGUGCCGUUUUUGCUGAUGAAUGCAUCAUACAGUGA